AUGUCUUCGUCUGCGAUCCACAAUCAGAAUCGAUUCAUCCUAUCAAAGGAGAUGACAGUGAUGGUCUUUAAAUUUCUUUUGCUCGGAAAUGCGAGAGCUGCUCUUGCACAGUGCUCACGCGUAUCCAAGUCUUGGCACACGAUCGCUAUCACCGUCUUAUGGGCUCAUAUCAAUCUUGACUGGUUCCGAUCACUUGUGAGGUUCGAGCGCACUGCCGAUGGUAUUUAUGAGUCAACUUUGAGCACCAUUGGUGAUCCUACGCCUGGUAACUGGGACCUCUUCUCCAAGUUCGCGAAGGAGACGACGUCCCUCGAUUUCUCGUGGAAGGGAAGGCUCUGCGACCUGGACAUAUCUUUCCUCGACGAACUGGCAUAUUUUCGUGACGACCAGCCCAUUUUCCCCAAACUCAAUUCUCUCAGAACAGGAAUCAAAUCCUUCGUCAUAUCAUUAUAUCCUCGCAGCCUCACAAAGCUUUCUCUCAACUUUGGCUUUCUUCCCGUCGACGAUUACAUCCUCCAUCGUGCUUCCCGAUCCCUAUCAUUUGCCGGUCAUCGCUUCCAAAAUCUCACCACUCUCGACAUUCGGUCGACUACUGUUCUCGAACAUCCAUCGUUCGCUAGCGCGCUUGAGGAUUGUCUGAUGCAGUGGGAUAGCCUCAUCGAAUUUUGCUGUCCCUUAUAUUUUUUGAGGGACCAAGAGCUCCGGAUUUUAGGCCGAUACCCUUGUCUGUCACGCGUCACCGUAGACAUAGACGGCGCCCGGAGGGGAUUCUGGAUGAGCGAAGAUCGCAUCCGUACCCAUGAUCGAGUCUACCUAAACUCUCUCGCAUUCAGACAACUCCGUUUUCUUGAGCUCGGAACGACUGGCCUCCCUACCCUAAUAUCUUUUAUAUCGCCCCUCCAUCUCCUCCUUUCCCGACUGGAGAAGUUAUGGGUGCGAGCUCCCUAUCCUCACCAAUGCCAACCCUCCCAACUAUACGACCUACUCGAGCUCUUAUCCGAUCACUCCCCAAACCUUCGUCGGUUAACACUACACCUCUCUGCUUCACAUACGUGGGACCAUAACACCGCCGACGAGAUCGGGGCUGUUGAAUGGCGUCAUCUCCAGCCGCUGACGAGAAUGCGCCUAGAAGUCGUUGAUAUCUCCCACACGUUCCCAUUCCUCAUCACCGAUGCGGAUAUCGGCGAGCUUGCUGAGACCCAACCACAGGCCAUCUCGAUCGCACUGAAUCCACAGCCCGUUUUCGUUCAAUCGAGUAACUUGACGUUUGCCGCUAUAGAGGCAUUUGCACGCUUCUGCCCAAGGUUGCAGACCCUCGCCAUCUAUAUCGAUGCCCAGGCAGUCAUCCCUCAGACUCUUCCAGCGUCACACUUCGAGUCUCUCAAGCAUCUUAGAAUGGGACAUUCGAGUAUACUCGAUGGGAAUAUACAGGACUGCGAGAGCUGGAGACGGCUGGUCGUAUUUUUUUAUCAUAUACUCCCCGCCACAACUAAAAUCUGGUCGACCUACUAUGAUAGGGAGCGGGAUAUAUUGGAUGGUUUCACGUUUAUUGGUCAACCUCAUCAUCCAUACGACCUCUACACGUACGGUAGACGAUGGAAGUAUUUAUUCCUCUGCACUCGCGUCAUACCUCUCGAUAUGGACGAGUAUGAGCGGAUCCACGGAGUCACCCUACCAGCGAACAAGGACAUAUGUUUAGGGGCUCUUACGUGUCUAGCUGGUCUUGCCGUAGUCCAAUGGCUGGGAGGUGCACUCCUGGACGGGAUAUUAUACCCGUCUCUGUCACCUGCAGAGCCUUGA